CAACUUUUUCAGGAACGUCUCCUUGUCCGACGGCACCAUUCGCGUGGCGGAGGGGCAGAGGCUUCCACCCAGCGAUUUCGAUUUGGACGAUUUCGGCCGGCAGCUCAUGCUCAGCUUCUGGGGGGAAAUCUGCAAGGCCUGCAACGCGUGCGCCGGGCGCCGUGACCCGCGGAUGCAUGAUCAUUUCACGGACUCGCUCGGCAUCUUCCAGUGCCGCGUGUUCAAAUUGUUCGUGGAAACGGUGAAUGACAUGAACGUGCUGCUGCCAGAGGGUCUGCCGAAACUCCAGUACGGGGGCAAAAUCCCGUGGCAAUUCGUCAUCAAGGCCGUCAUUGAUUGGGCCCGCGAAGCUGUUGAUGUAGCCGCAGUGUCUUGUGACGCUGGCCGCCGACGUGCCCCAGCGCAGUCCUACAACGAGGUUCCGCCUUUGAUCGACGCGCCCGUGCCUGCGGAGGGGCCCGUGGACGACCGUGCCUUUUUUCAUGUACGCUGAGGAAGUGGCGUGCAUGGUGGUCAUGGGCAAAGUCGACAGUCGGGGUGACAUUCCGAUCGGCAAGGCCAUCGACGCAGUCAAGAACUACGGGCGGUCAGGCUUGGGGAAAGAGCUAUUCAAACAACACAAGUGGGCGAAUCGCCCUGGAAUGAUGCGAGUCGCGGAGCUCCUCCGUUCCGUGGGUCUUGUGGCCGGCUUCCAGGAGCUCGACGACACGGCGUUCACGCCAAUCAAUGGGAGCGAGCCCCCUUUUCCACCUUGGAUGCACUCCAUCAGGAUCAAAACCAUGGCGGGCGAUGACGCGCCAAUAUCGAUGCAGAUCUUCAUGGACAGGCAGAGCAAGUUGAAGAAUGAGAUGGGGACGGCCGUGCCUCGGUCCGCCGAAUCCUUCCGUACUUAGACACGGUUGCCAAGGACUGGCCGGCUUGCUUGGGCGAGGUGUCGCAGCUUUUCACGCUGUUGCGAGACAGUCCAGCCUGUCUCGCCACAGAAGGGCGAGCGAAAGAGAUUUACAACGUCGAUGCCGAGAUGAGAAACCCUCCCGCUUGGGCGGCGGACGCGUGCCGCUGGCUGCUGGACCACUGGGCGGCCACGCGCGGGACGGCCGCAGUGGAGGCAGUUCUGAAGGAGGGCGUCAAGAACUUCCAGGCAUUUGCGUUCGAGGCGUUCGUGUCUAAGACCGAAGCCGUUGAGGAGGACGCUGACGUCGCCGAGGCUGCCGGCGGCCAGCCAGAGGCGUGAGUUGUUGUCCAUUGCCACCGCGGGAGGGCGCUGCAAGCGCCCGCAGCCUAGUCGUGUCAUCAUUCAGCGCGCGGGGGACGCGAGGCUAGUUUUGCGUUGCGGGCAUUCAUUUUCCGCAUAAGGGUGCGUGGUAAUUCACGGCCCAGCUCUUUGAACAUGGAGUGUCCAGGUGGACAUGUAUACCAUUUUGCCCAGGAAGAACACGUUUGGCGAUUCUAGCGACCGGCGGCGCAAUCUUGC